UGGACUACUCCCGCCUGGACCCCACUCAUCUUCACCCUCCAUCUCACAGAGCCCCCUCGCCAGUCGCCACCGCCACCGCCACCCCCCCUUUCUGUGGCGCCAUCUCUCCCUCUCAUUGCCAGAGUCCAUAGAGAAGGAGAGAGAGAGAGAGAGACAGAAAGUGAGAAGAUGAAGCUCAAGCAUCCGUCCAACUCGACUUCCAAAACCUUGUCAGCAAUGACGUCGUCUCAGGACGCCAGGGUCCUCGUUCGUGAGACGCUUCGAAUCAGCGCCAACCUCGCCUCCGCGCCUCGUCCUGCUCUUCCUCCUCCGCCUAUUUCCGCUGCCGCCGAUGGAAAUGUCGCCACCUUCGGACUUGUCGAGGAGCAGUUUCUCAAUUCUAGCCUGAGGUUGAUAUGCCGCGAGGAGAUCGAUGGUCGCCGGUGGGAGUACUUUGCUGACCUCGAUAACUCCAAGCAAUUUAGGAAGAAAUCCAUUCGUGCUGUUAGCUUGCAUUCUCGUCAAGCUCCUGGCCAAAAAUGUUUAGCAUAUCAACUUAUGCUUCUCAAGAUUGUGAUGAAAUGGGUCAGCAUCCAUAUCCAAAGACAACACAUUGGAAAGCAGAUACAGAUUGUUGCAAUUGGGCUGGCGUCACAUGCCACAACCUCUGUGGUUGUGUAAUUGGGCUGGAUCUGGGUUGCGGCCUGCUUUACGGAGCCAUCCAUCCAAACACUAGCCUUUUCCACAUUUUUCAUCUCCGCCGCCUCAACCUUGCUUUUAACGAUUUCAUCAGUUCAUGAAUUUCACAUCGAGCUGGGUCCCUAAAAAAUUUGACCCACCUCAAUCUCUCAGAGUUCAGAUUUUGAAGGUGAAAUUGCUUUAGAAAUAUCACACCUGUCCAACUUGAUUUCACUUGAUCUCUCUUCCAUUCUCACGUGUAAUUCUAUAGGUUGUCACUCGAUUCUAAGAUAUGAACCUAGCAAUUUUGAAGCGAUACUUCAAAACUUAACCCAUUUAAGAGAGCUGUCACUUUGGUUGGUGAACAUCUCAUCCGAGUUAAGGGUGAAUUUUUCUUCUUCUUUGACAUAUCUAGAUCUCGUGGAUACUAGAAGAAGAGGUAUUCUACCAAGUCAUGUUUUUUAUCUACCGAAUAUCCAAAUUCUCUCAUUAGGUGGCAAUGAGAAUCUUUCUGUUAGUUUACCGAAAUUGAACUGCAGCAUUUCUGAUUCCCUGAAGCAGUUGAACCUAUUCAAUAUAAAUUUCUCUGCUGCAUUGCCAAA